CUGCGCACAUAGAAGGAAGGAAAAAAAAAGUGCAAGUCGGCAAAAAAUUAGAAAGUUGUGAGACCUUGAGGUGCAAGGAAAAAGAAAGAAAGAAAAAAACUGCAGAAGACUCCAAGCAGCCCAUGCAGGAGGACCUUAGAGAAACUUUGAUUAACUUUUAAGGACACCUUAAGUUUUUCAAAAUGGAUUAUGUGUCCAUUUUUGUGAGCGUGUUUUUGCUCCACUUCAUCCACUUUAAAUCGACAUCUGCUGCCCCUUCUCCUAUCAUCAGAUUUCCUGGAGAUGAUACUCCCAGGACCGACAAAGAGGUCGCACUGCGCUACCUAAACAAGUUCUAUGGGUGCCCGCAAGAUAGAUGCAACCUGAUGGUCCUCAAGGACACCUUAAAGAAAAUGCAAAAGUUCUUCUCCUUGCAAGAGACUGGUGAGAUCGACGAAAAGACUGUAGAGAUUAUGAAGAAGCCCCGCUGUGGUGUGCCAGAUGUGGCCAACUACAACUUUUUCCACAGAAAACCAUUGUGGCAGAAGAAAGACAUUACCUACAGAAUCCUUGGUUACUCUCCGGAUCUGGACGAGGAAGUCAUCAACGACGCUUUCUUCAGAGCCUUCAAAGUGUGGAGUGACGUUACGCCACUCUCGUUCAAUCGCCUCAUGGAUGGAGAGGCGGACAUUAUGAUCAAUUUUGGCCGCAACGAGCACGGUGAUGGUUACCCAUUUGAUGGCAAAGACGGACUCUUGGCUCAUGCCUUUGCUCCUGGACCAGGAAUAGGGGGCGACUCUCACUUUGACGAUGAUGAGCAGUGGACACUUGGAGAGGGCCAAGUGGUCAAGGUGAAAUUCGGCAGCGCAGAUGGAGAAUUCUGCAAAUUCCCCUUCCUGUUCCAAGGCACCGAGUACAACAGCUGCACCUCUCAGGGCCGUGACGAUGGCUUCCUGUGGUGCUCCACCACUUACAACUUUGAUGAAGAUGGCAAAUAUGGUUUCUGUCCUCACGAAUUGCUCUUCACCCUGGGUGGAAAUGGCGAGGGAGCAGCAUGUAAAUUCCCCUUCACCUUCCAGGGCGAGAAGUAUGAUGGCUGUACGACUACAGGAAGAGAUGACGGCUAUCGCUGGUGUGCUACAACUGAAAACUAUGACCAGGACAAAACCUACGGCUUCUGCCCUGAAACUGCGAUGUCAACUGUGGGCGGUAACAGUGAAGGCAGCCCCUGUGUCUUCCCCUUCACCUUCCUGGGAGACACCUACGAGUCCUGCACCACGUCCGGACGCAGUGAUGGCAAGAUGUGGUGCGGUACAACCAAGAGUUACGAUGAUGACCGCAAGUGGGGUUUCUGCCCGGAUCAAGGCUACAGUUUAUUUCUGGUGGCUGCUCAUGAGUUUGGCCAUGCCCUUGGCUUGGAGCACUCUGAAGACCCUGGUGCACUGAUGGCCCCCAUCUAUACCUUCACCAAGGACUUCAGACUCUCUAGCGAUGAUAUCAAGGGCAUCCAGGAGCUCUAUGGAAUUCCUACAGACAAGCCUCUACCUCCAACUCAGGGACCCGUGACCCCCAUGGACAUCUGUAAGGAGCCUAUUACUUUUGAUGCUGUUGCCCAAAUUAGAGGAGAGACCUUCUUCUUCAAGGACAGGUUCUUGUUCAGGUCAGUAAACUUCAGAAGCAAGCCUACUGGACCCAUGCUGGUGGCCACCUACUGGCCUGACCUGCCCAGCAAGAUAGAUGCUGUCUAUGAAAACCCAGUGGAGGAGAAAACAGUCUUCUUCUCAGGCAAUGAGAUGUGGGUAUACAAGGCUGACGAGUUGGAGAGAGGCUACCCCAAGAGGCUUGACACCCUCGGUCUGCCCAGCGACUUGACGCAGAUUGAUGCCGCUUUCAGCUUUAGGAAGAACAGGAAGACAUACCUCUUUUCUGGGGAGCAAUUCUGGAGAUAUGAUGAAAAUACAAAAACAAUGGACAGUGGUUUCCCCAAACUGAUUGCUGAAUCCUGGAAUGGCAUCCCAGAUGGGGUUGACGCUGCCUUCAGUCUCAAUGGAAUUGAAUACAGCUACUUCUUCAAAGGCAACCACUAUUUCAAACUGGAGGACAGCAGCUUGAAGAUCGUCAAGUUGGGUGAGAUCACAAAGGAUUGGCUCGGCUGCUGAACGCAUCCAGCUAUUUCGUGUGAUAAGGACGUUUCCCCUCACUAUCACACUGGACCUGCGGCCGCGGCAGUGCACACUAUGUUUUAAUCCUGCAUUUGAGGCCUCCAGUGGACUUUCUACACAGCGAAACACAACUUUGUCAAUGUGUGAUAUUUUAGGUCACCCCCAUGCACAUAUACUACAUCAUGUACUCUUUCUUUUGUAUUGUUCUUUUUUUUUUACUUUACUUUUUUAACAGAGACAUCAGGUAUGUCCACAAUGCAUUGAACACAGUGCUUUUAGCAUGCUGUGACAUGAGUUUGUUGUGAACGGUAGAAGGAUUCCAGGUUUGCCUUGGAUAUAGUCAGAGUGUGUAAAGUAGUUUUAUCAGAAAUGUAUCUUUUGACUAAAGUUGAUUUGCUCAUGAUUGUGCAAUACAUUUGAAAAAAUGAUUUUUGCACAAUCUCUGUGACCGAAUAUGGUGCUUUAGAAACUUUCUCGAGAAAAUGCACACAAUGGAGUGUCAAACUAAAGGAAAAACCUUACACAAAUGUAGUCACCUUCUUUUAAUUUGACACUCAUUUGUAUAUACAUGCAUUUUUAUAUUAUCUGUUAUGUCUGACGGCUGGAAAUUUCCAGGAGCAAUUUGUUCAGGCACAUUACUUUCCUCUUGGUUAGCACUUUGUAGAAUCUCUGUUGUUUUAGUUUGGUACAGAUGGAUCGAAGGCACAGGUUGCCUCUUAAGGAUGCGUAGGCUUCCUGCAUGAUGAACCCAUGACAAGAGUACCGAAGUAGUAUUGUUAAAAAAUCUUCUUGUUUGUUAGUUUUACCUUCACCUUGUCAAUUCAGUUGUGGUGUUUAAUGUUAGUUUCUAUACUUGUGCACUUUGUUACUGUCAUCAAUAAAGAUGGUCAUUAUUA